CACUGUAAUUUCCUUAAAAAGCCUAGACUGGAUAUUUCAUUAUUUUAUAGUCAGUAAACUAUCAGUCUUCUAUGUCACCGCACAUUAAAAUACACAAUGCGUUAUUUUUUCAUCGCUUUAAAGAAAUCAACAUAAACAUUUCAGAUGCCAAACGAUUACCCUUCGGUGACGGGAUCAGACCACUGGAUACAAAAAUUCCGCACGAUAUUCAGAUGCUACGACAUAAACGCUGACGGCUACCUGACAGAGGAGGACUUCAUGUUAAGCACUGAGCGUGCAACUGAAUAUUUAGGACUUGACGACAGGAAAGCAAAGCAUCUUUUACAUCAACGCCUUACCUUUUGGGAAAUAAUUCCGAAAAGCCCAGAAGACCCGUCCAAGGUUACAGAGAAAGAUUUCUUAAGGAAUAUAUCCUCGGUCGUUAACGAAGAUAGUUUUCGACAAAAGUAUCUCCUAAAUAUUUUAACCGUGGACUUCAAAACCAUGGACUUAGACGGCGACGGAUUUGCAUCCGAGGACCAAUUCGCGGCUUUCUUUUACAGUUUGAAUGUUCCAAUCGACAAAUCGAGGGAAAUGUUUGGCAUGUUGGACGACGACAAAGAUGGUUUCAUAUCCAUGGACGAAUUUGCCCACGUUUUUAUGGAGUACUUUUUUACCGAGGAUCCAGAAAACGCAUACAACGAGUUAUACGGACCACUGGCCGAAGAAGUGAUGCUUCUUACUGCCAAAAAUAAAGGAAAAUGUUAAUACCCAGGUGUACCUCAAAUCACCUCAUUUUAAUUGGAAUUUUAUUUUUCUGAGAUUGAUUGUUUAUGGUUGUACGCUAUAUUAUGAGUGAGAAAAGGUGAUGAGCGUCCCGUCUGGUCUUUUCGCUACCAAUGAAAACCACCUUUUAUUUCCCGAAAUGCACGAAACGUUCAUUUCAUUUAACGUGAUCCUUGAAGCACCGCGUUCUCGUGACUCGUGAUUGUGGUUUUUUAUUCUUCGCCCUUCGUGAAACGAAGUAAUUAUACCCGGUGAUGCGCAUCAUGAGUGAGGUAUGAAUUAAGUUUAAUUUACUGUGAUUUGUGAAUGAAUGGUUUUAUUUCUCGUGAAUUUUGGUCUACCACCAUCCCAUUUAUUAUCAUGGGCUGGUUGUGAAGAUAAGUCUCGAGUUU